AUGCCUUUACAGAAUGGUUCAGUCACAGUAACAGAAUUUAUCAUAGGUGGUUUUGACACAACCAAAAGGCCUAUUAUAGCCGGUAUGGCUGUACUUAUUACCUACAUUCUAGCCGUUUUCGCCAACAUUGUAAACAUCCUCUUCAUUAUUUAUGACAAGAGAUUACACAAACCAAUGUAUCUUCUGAUUUGCAACCUUGCUGUUGUUGAUAUACUGUACAUCUCCAGUGCCAGUCCAACAAUGAUUGGCGUUCUAGUUGCUGGUGUUAACACCAUAUCCUAUGUAUCCUGUUUUAUUCAGAUGUUUGCUUUCCACUUGGGAGGGGUGAUGGAAAUGUUUGCUUUAGCAGUUAUGGCAUUUGAUCGAUUGGUUGCUAUCAGUUAUCCUUUUCAGUACCAUAGUUAUUUAACAAAUGGACGUACUCUUGUCCUUACAUAUGUCCUGUGGCUUGUUGCCUGUGGUUUUGUAGCUGUUUUUCCUGCAACUCUGAUUCCUCUCCCUCACUGCCACUCAACACUGAAGUACACUUUCUGUGACUAUGCUGCCAUAAUGCGCACCACUUGUGUCGACCCUAAUUACUAUUUCAAUCUGGUUUCUAUCAUAAUAUUUUUUCUUUCAUUUUUCACUUUCUUUUUUAUUUGCCUGACCUAUAUUGGGAUCAUAUAUUUUGUGAAAUUAUCAUCAAAUAAUGAUAAAAAGAAAAUGGGCAGCACUUGUUUGAGUCACUUGAUUGUGGUAACAUGUUAUUAUUGUGCGUUAUUUAUCCUCGUUGUUUUGACCAGGUUAGGUGUGGUGUUAACUCUGGAGGAACGCAAUGGCUUACUGAUCGGAACCAUCUUUGUACCAUCUCUUGUAAAUCCUUUUGUUUACUGUUUUAGGACGAAAGAAAUCAAAUAUAAGAUCUUUAAGAUAUUCAAAAAAGUUGAGGCUUCUCAGUAG